GAGACCAUAAAAUGAGGAUAAGGAACAGAGAGGAAACUUUAAAAGGAGAGUGAGAAAGUGCAGAGGACACGACGACUUGAGAAUGCGCUACAGGCUAAACAAAAGAUGAAGAUGUUAUUGCCCACAAUCCUACUGAUUCUGGUCUUCAGCCUAAACUCAGAAGCUGUGACUGUUCGAGAAGGAGAAUUCUCUUUCUCACUAGAGUCAGUGAAAAAACUCUGGGCCAUCAUGGCUGAAGAUAUCCCAGCCAACCAGUACAAUCGUCUAGCUAUAAACAAGGUGAUGGCGGUGUGCAAAAACCCAGUCAUUCCUAAAGAGUUUGAGCCUCUGUGCCAAAGCAAACAUGCAAGAGCUUCUUUCUCCAGACUUGCACUUCUUGCCAGGCGCUCUGGUGUUUGUGAGAUUUGUGCAUAUGCUGCUUGUACUGGAUGCUGAACAUGUCUCACGAGGACACUUCUGGUUGCUGAACAAGUUUUAGA